AUGACUUCAAGGUUGGACCGGCUCCUCCUCCUGCUGGACACUGGGUCUUCGACCUCGGUCAGGAAGACAGCAGCAAAACAAUUAGCACAACUUGCUGCAAAAAGCGUGAUAAGUGAUGUCGCCGUCGAAGAAGAUAUCAAAACAAAUCGCCACCAAUCGUCACUCGGCGACCCCUCUUCUUGGGCCGAGCUGAUGGCCGUUGUAGCACGGAUUAUACCGUAUUUGCAUUCGAAGUCAUACGAAACGCGAAACGCUGCAUCUAAUGCUUUGUCGCAAAUAUUCUCGUUGGUCCCAGUCUGGCAGCCAUCGUCGCAGAGUAGCCCAUUAAACGGCAAAGAAAAAUCAGAAGAACAAUGCGCCGUACCGGAGUUUCCUUCGUUCUCUGUGCAAGAACUCAUACUUCAAGGGAAACUCCUCCUGGCGUCAUCCGGCAAGGAGUUUAUCAAACCUACUGGUAUCUUGUCCAGCUCGGCCGAAGUCAAGAAGGCCCGCAAGGAGGCCAUGGGUCGCCUCGGCCUUGAAUUUCUCGACGAAGCCGGCGACGAAAUGGAACUUGAGAAGGAACUAGCAGAUAGUGCGCAGCAAGAUGCCGACGUUGAAAUGGAGAACCCUCUCAAAAUUGAAGAACCCAUGCCACCCGUUUCGCCGAUGGAUAUCGUGGUCGAUACGAAAGUCAAGGAGCCAAGUCCAUCGCGGUCGGCCACCCCUGUCCCAUCCCCUUCAACUGCGACUUCCACGGUGCCCGACGCUGAUAUCUCUGCUUUAUCGGCUCGAGAGCGUAAUCGACUCAAGCGUAAGAGAAAACCAGGUAAUACUGCAUUCGUAGCUGCCCCUCCUCCGCAAAGUCCCGGUACGAAGUAUAAUGCCGCUCCCGUAGGUGGUGCUGCGAACAAGGCCCGUCUAGUGGCCACGGAAGACAAGUCGACAAAUAACUCUCGUAUGAGCAGCCCUAGCGGCACUAAUGGAUCCUCACCUGAGAAAGUUGUCAUCGAUCCAACGAAAGGCGGUGCCAUUUCCCCGAAAGCUGCUCAACAGUCGAAAGCCCUCGAAGUUAAUCCUGGACAAUGGGUUUGGGACGGAGUUGUCAAAGUACUUGAAGUAGAUUUAUUUAGUGCAGCAUGGGAAGUCAGGCAUGGCGCUGCCAUGGCUCUACGGGAGGUACUCAAAGUCCAAGGGAAAUGCGGCGGUAUGAAAGAUGGGGCAAGCGCUGAAGAAAACGACAUCGCACAUGAGAGGUGGUGUAACGGUCUCGCCUCCAAGCUAUUGUGUGUGCUAGUACUCGACCGAUUCGGCGACUUCGUUUCAGACCAGGUCAUAGCGCCUGUGCGCGAAAUCAUUUCUCAGACCCUUGCAUCGCUUCUGCUCCAUAUGCCACGACGCUCUCUAGUCCAUGUUCACUCAAUCCUCCUUCAAAUGAUUCGUCAGGAUUUUCCUAUACCAUGCGCCAAGAUGUCCGAACGUGGUUCGAAAGCUGAUGCAGCCAGUAGUCACAUAUGGGAGGUUCGCCAUGCCGGUCUUCUCGGUGUAAAAUACGAAGUGGCUGUCCGAAGCGACCUCUUCGAAGCCAGCUUCAACGACAUGAAGCAAGAAGACGACACAACUGUUUCUGGAAAAUCCAUUCUUAGGGACGUGGUUGACGCCGCAAUAUUAGGGCUAGGUGAUCGCGACGACGAUGUCCGAGCUGUUGCUGCUACGUCUCUACUACCAGUCGCGCAGCACAUUGUGGAACAGAUUCCUGAGUCCCUAGAUCAAAUCUUGAUAGUUCUCUGGCAUUGCCUAUCUGACAUGAAAGACGAUCUCAAUUCGAGUGUCGGUGCUGUCAUGGACUUUCUGGGAAAACUUGUGACCUACGACAGAGUAAUCGAAUGCCUAGGGGGUGAUACGGUAGCGCUUCCAUUAUCAACUCUGGCUCCUUCGCUCUUCCCCUUCUUCCGACAUACCAUUCCCAAUGUCCGGCUCGCGGUGGUGAAGACGCUUGACUCUUUCAUGAAUGUCCCGACAUUACCUCGCGACUGGGUAUCUUCUUCAUUCCUCCGCCUGCUCUUCCAGAAUAUGGUGGUCGAGGAACGUCAAGAUGUCAGAGAUGCUAGUCUCGUUGCUUGGAAAACAGCGCUAUCAAUCUUGGCCGAAACACCUGGUCGCAUGAAUGACACAAUCACCCAACAGCACAUCCUUGAGUGGUACGCAAUGAUGAUGACACCUCUGGGUGUUCCAAUCGACCCAUCGGCUUUCUUCCAUCCAUCACUCGCCAACGAAGGAGACGCGCCCGUAGAACGCCACAAUGUUGAUAAGAACAUGCUAGCCCAGGACCAGUCGUUAAUCACUGUGGAGGUCACGCUCAGGGCUCGAGUUGCCGCCGCUACAGCGAUGUCGCGCUUGAUAUUUAGCUGGUCGGAAGAUCUAGGAGUUACCGACGAGCUGUUUCAACCCAUCCUGUUGCACUACGUCGAUUCUACGAGCAUGCUCCAGAAGUUCCUGGCGGCCAUCGUCUCGGAGGAGUGGGCGAAGCUAUACUCGGCGUCAUUCCCCAAGACUCUCCUAAUUGAGAAAUCAGUCCUCGCGCAGCAGCUCAGCACCAAGACGUUAGCUGCGUUACAGAGUAACCCGCCGGCGGCCUACCACGAAAUGGCGUUGACGCUCUCCCGUAUCCAUGCAGAUUGUAUCGCUCUCCUUCACUCGUUUGCCUCUGACUGCAAACUGCCUAUCUCGUCUAUUCCAUUCCUUGGCAAUGAAAUCGACAUCACUGGUAGCAAGGAAGGUUGCUUCACCAUAGAGACUGCGAACAAGGCAGUCGGCCCCAUGUAUAAUCAACUCAAGGACAGACUAGGAAGAACGAAGAAGCGAGAAGUAUCGAUCAUCGCUGAGAAGCGGAACCAAGUUGUAGCCAGCAUUGAGCGGUAUAUUGAGGUCAAAGGUCUCCACGACAUCAGAGUGGCUGCUGCGUUCGCCGCCUCAUUCGUCGCGUUCAAGAGUACACCAGAUAAAGUCAGUCCCGUCGUGAAGGGCCUGAUGAAUGGUAUCAAGAACGAAGAAAACAUCGACUUGCAAACACGCUCUGCAGCAGCCGUCGCGUCUUUCAUCGAAUUCUGUGCCAAUCACAAUAUUGCCCAGCCACCCGACAAGAUAGUAAAGAAUCUAUGCACCUUUUUGUGCCAGGACAUUGAACAGACGCCGACAUUUGCAUACACACGGAAGACGUUGCAGGGCAUUCUCUCCUUCCAAGCAUCCUCGACCGAUUCCGGAGUUCGAAACGGCAAAUUCGGAUCGAAGGGAGAGAAACCCGACGCGCUCAAGACGGACGAGGCAUCCAAGUCCCGUCUAUCACGGCGAGGUGCUUGUUUAGCAUUCGCCGAACUUUCAACAAAGUUUGGGCCGCGGUUGUUGAGUGUCAUUCCUAAUAUGUGGCAAUCUAUGGUUGGCGGUCUACUUAGUGCCUGCGCCUCUGAUUCUCCUGACAAGUCUGACGCCCUAAUUGAGAAGCAGUAUGGCCAAGACGUGAUCGACUCUCUCAGUGUCUUGGAGGCUGUAGUACCUGCACUUCAUGAAGACCUGUGGCCGAAGCUGGUUGAAAUAUACCCGAUGGUGGCUCUUGCUCUUCGUAGUCGAUUUGCCAUCAUGCGGCAGUGCGCCGCCCGCUGUUUUGCAACUGUCUGCGACGUCAUGACCGCAGAUGCCAUGCAAUACGUCGUAGAGACCAUCCUACCGCUACUUGGGGAUCCUCUCGUUCUAUCCAACAGACAGGGCGCUACCGAACUUAUUUAUCAUACUGUUCAGAAGCUCGAUAUCAAGGCUCUUCCUUAUGUGAUAUUUAUGGUUGUCCCGGUGCUCGGCCGAAUGAGCGAUCUGGACGAUGACAUUCGAUCAACGGCCACGAACACCUUCGCGUCGCUUGUUAAGAUGGUACCUCUUGAGGCCGGCUUGCCCGAUCCUCCGGGCUUCCCCGAAGAGCUAUUGAAGCGACGAGAAGACGAACGACAGUUUCUUACGCAGUUACUGGAUGGUAGUAAGGUUGAACAAUACAACAUCCCUAUCAAUGUCAAAGCCGAACUCAGAAAGUACCAACAAGAGGGUGUCAAUUGGCUGGCCUUUCUGGCUAAGUUUCAGCUUCACGGAAUUCUUUGCGAUGAUAUGGGUCUUGGGAAAACACUGCAAUCGAUCUGUAUACUGGCCAGCAAACACUUCGAGCGUGCCGAGCGUCAUCGGGAAACCAAGACGCCCGAUACCGUCCACCUUCCCUCGCUUAUCAUCUGCCCGCCAACACUCACAGGCCAUUGGUAUUACGAAAUCCUCAAAUACGUCGAUAACAUAAGGCCGGUCCUCUAUACCGGGAAUGCGAGGGAGCGUAACCGUCUCGUUUCAAAGCUGAAAUCGUUUGACGUGGUCAUCACUUCUUACGAAGUCGUGCGUAACGAUAUCGCGAGCUUGGAAGAGAUGAAUUGGCUGUACUGCAUCCUCGACGAAGGUCAUGUCAUAAAGAACGCCAAAACCAAACUCACCAAAGCCGUCAAAUGUAUUCGAGCCCAGCAUCGCCUGAUUUUGUCGGGGACACCAAUUCAGAACAAUGUCCUUGAAUUGUGGAGCUUGUUUGAUUUCCUGAUGCCCGGCUUCCUGGGCACUGAGUCUUCCUUCAACGAACGGUUUGGGAAGCCUAUACUCUCCAACCGCGACGGAAAGGCUAAGAAUGGCGAAGCUGCGGCUUUGGCGCUCGAGGCAUUGCACAAACAAGUUUUGCCUUUCUUGCUUCGCCGGUUGAAGGAAGACGUGCUGAAUGACCUUCCACCGAAAAUUAUACAAGACUACUACUGUGAAUUAUCGGACAUUCAGAAACACCUUUACGACGAUUUCGCCCAGUCUCAAGCUCGGUUAUCUGCUGAGGAUGCUGUCAAGUCAACGACCGCAAAGGGGGAGAAGGGCCAACAACACGUUUUCCAAUCAUUGCAAUACCUCAGAAAGUUAUGCAACCAUCCAGCCCUUGUACUCAAAGACCCUGAGGCGCUAUCUACUGCCAUGGAGAAGGUCAAGGGCCAGACCACAGGCUUGGCCGACAUUCAAAAUGCGCCGAAGCUCCUCGCCCUCAAACAACUUCUUACGGAUUGUGGCAUCGGCGCAAGCGCUGCACAAAGCACCACCGAUCUCGGCAAGAGCGAGCUCGUAGACGUGCCAGAGUCGUCCACUGGCGCCUUCUCUCAACAUCGCGUUCUUAUCUUUUGUCAGAUGAAACAGAUGCUCGAUAUCAUCGAGACUGAUUUGUUCAAGCAACACAUGCCAUCCGUUACCUACAUGCGACUUGACGGCGGCACUGAUUCAAGCAAGCGACAUGCGAUUGUGCAGACCUUCAACGCUGACCCGAGUAUCGAUUGCUUGCUUUUGACAACACAUGUCGGAGGUCUCGGUCUGACUCUGACUGGCGCGGACACCGUAAUAUUUGUUGAACACGACUGGAACCCAAUGAAAGAUUUACAAGCCAUGGACCGAGCCCAUCGUAUCGGUCAAAAGAAAGUGGUGAACGUCUACCGCCUAAUCACGAAGGGUACACUGGAGGAAAAGAUCAUGGGUUUGCAACGCUUCAAACUCAACAUUGCAAAUUCCGUUGUGACACAGCAGAACUCGGGUCUGUCGUCUAUGGAUACCGACCUCGUCCUUGAUCUUUUCCGGCGGACAACAGAAGAAGAAGAUGCCGCUGCCGCGGCGAAGAAGAAGGCGAAGGAGGCCGCUGGUCCAGUGUCCCAAAAGAAUGUACUGCAGGGCCUGGAAGACCUACCUACUGAGGAUGAGUACCAGGGCUUGGACGUAGGGAGCUUCAUGGGCUCUCUUGGGAGAUGA